GGAUAUAUAUAUAUAUAUAUAUAUGAAAGGCGGAAGGAUGGAGGAGGAGACGUGCAACGACACAGCGAAAGCUUAAGUAAUCUGUACACAGCUGAUCAUACCGCCAUACAAAUGAGGCUCCUCUCCUCUCCUUGCUGUUCUCAAUCUCCUCCUUUCCUCUCCUUCAACUCUCCCUCUUACCCACCAAAUUGCAGGCUCCCAUCAGCUUUCCACAGGAUCCAAUUCUCUGGGCCCACCUUCUCUCGCCGCCAACGCCCGAUCGCCGCCUCUGACCUCUGCUCCACCCUCGACACAAGUCCAAUCGACAGGUCCUCCUUGAACGUCUCCGAGGCCUUCUCCGAAAACGAGCUCUGGGCCGCUGCGUGUCUGCGCGUCCGCUCCUUCUACGAGUUCCGCCUCAGUGCCUACGGCGUCAAUGAUCAUAGAAGGUACUUGGCCGAGCGUGAGUUUGAAGCACUAAAAGAACGUGUAGCUGGGAAGAGAGAGGGUUUCAGAAGAGUUUCUUGCAUAAAUGCUACUCUUCCAGUAUCACGAAUAUCAAGCUUUUCAGAUGACCUAUGUGCUGCAUGUCAGUAUUCUGACAAUGGAGAGGAUCGAGUAGUUGUAGGGACACUUGAUCUUAACCAGUGCCUCAGGCUUCCGGAUGAGAUAACAGGACAGAAACCAGAGGGGAUUGGAGCUGAUUUUGCAAGGGCAUAUCUUAGCAAUGUAUGUGUUGCCAAAGAAUUACACAGAAAUGGCUUAGGUUAUUUGCUUGUGGCAAAGUCAAAGAUAGUUGCUCAAAACUGGGGCAUAACUGAUCUGUAUGUCCAUGUGGCUGUUGACAAUGAACCAGCAAAGAAGUUAUAUAUGAAGAGUGGUUUUGUAUAUGAAAACGAUGAGCCUACCUGGCAAGCCAGGUUUCUAGAUCGACCUCGAAGGCUUCUUCUAUGGACUGGUCUUCCUGGCAUGCAUCUCUGAAUUAUAAUGAUUGUACAUCAUUUAACUUGUGACAUAUUGGCUGUUUUUUGUUCCUCGAAAUGCUUUUCUGUGAUAUUGAAAGUACAGUUUUGCUA